UCUGACGAAAGCUUUGACGUGACUUCGAAAUGGACGUGGUACACGAAUAUUACAAAAUCAAUGAAACUUUACUAACGUGCAUCGGACAAUGGCCAUUCCAGUCGAAACGUUCGAGUCGUGCUAUCAGUGCAUUCGCCGGCCUUCUCCUCGUGGCAAUCCUCGUGCCUAUAAUAAUGUUCGUGAUUAAAUUUACCGACGAGACCGAAAUGGUGAUCGAAUCUAUUCGAAUAAUGAUUCUCGUUACUUCUUGCACGGUCAAAUUCACUUCUUGUUCAAUCAACUCCAAAAAGAUAAUGAAGCUGCUAGUCGGCAUUGCCGAAGAUUGGAAGUUAUGGGUUCUCGAUCGAGAAGUUACGGUUCUCCAUAAAUACGCAAAUAUUGGCAGGAAAAUAACGCUGAUAUACACGGUUAUAAUUGAAUCGGUGAGCAUAUUCAUAAUUUCACAAGUAACAGUACCGAAAAUCAUCGAUUCUCUGUUUUUCAACGGUACGAUGCCAGGGGAAUUUUUGUACCCAGCUUACUAUUUUGGCUUAGACAUGCAGAAGCAUUUUUUUUUCUGUGUGGGACACAUGGGAAUCUCUGUUGUGGCAAUUGCAUUUAUCAUUGCUGCCUGUGAUACUCUGUUCUUCAUUAACGUACAACACGCGUGUGGAAUAUUCGCUGCCAUAGGACUGAAAUUAAUACGCUUGGGAGAGAAUGAAGAAUCAACGGAGUACCAAACGGACACGGAUUUCAGGGACCUGAGAACGUGCAUUGCCAGACACAGCCGUGGGAUUGAGUUCGCGGAACUCAUUGAAUCAACUUACUCGAUAACUUUCUCUCUCAUCACGGUAGUCAAUGUAAUAGGAAUGAGUCUGACGGGAAUUCAGCGCUAUUACAAACUGACUGAAACUUUAAUGAGUAGCAUCGGUCAAUGGCCAUAUCAGAACAGAGUCGUCAGUCGGACUUUCCUUGGUAUUUCCAUUUUUUUGUGCGCGUCCCAAAUCGUGCCACAAAUAUUGGCGGUUAUAAAGUUCAGUGAUGAUUCAGAGCUUCUUCUCGAGUCCAUCACACCAUUUAUCAUCGAUGCUGUUUCCUUGGCAAAAUUUAUCUCUUGUUUGUGUACUUCUAAAACGCGGCUGAAAAUGUUAAAUCGUGUCCGUGAAGACUGGGGAAAGUGGGAUGGAGAACGAGAAAUCAAAGUGCUUCACGUAUACGCUGAAAUUGGGAAAAAAAUGACGACCAUUUAUACAGUUGGGGUGUACUUCACAACGAUACUGUUUAUUUCACAACCGGCAUUGCCCAAACUGAUCGACAGCUUGUUGUACAACGGCACGGAGCCAGGAGAAUUUCCCUUUCCAGUUUAUUACCCUCACCUGGAUCAGCAAAAAUACUAUUUUUAUAUAAUUGCUUAUACUUAUGUCGGUACAUCGAUGGUCCUUACAAUCACUGUUGCUAACGAUACCAUGUUUAUUCUUCAUGUUCAACAUGUUUGCGGUGUGUUCGCUGCCAUAGGAUUUGCGAAGCUCAUUGAAAACUUGUACAGUCCGGCUUUUUUCUUUGUCGUUGGACUCAAUAUGAUAUGUAUGAGUGUGACGGGACUUCAGAUCCUUACGAGAAGCAGCAAUCCUGAAGAGACUGUAAGAUUCGUUGCUUUUGUUGGUGCGCAAAUGUUUCAUCUGUACAUCGAAUCCUACAUUUCGCAAAUUUUAAUGGACCACAGUCUGAGUAUUCGUGAUCAUAUCCAUUCUUGCAAGUGGUACAACAUUUCGUUGAAGGCACAGAAGCUCCUGGGUACUAUGAGCAUGCGUUGUAACACCCCUUGCAAACUGACUGCGGGAAAGAUUUGCACUAUGUCCAUCGAAACUUUUGGAGUGCUUAUAAAGUUCGUUGAAUACUAUGGUGACUUCAAUGGUAUGAUUCAGUGCUUCCCCGUUUUGGCCCUUCAUAUCGUAGGCUGUAUUAAAUUCGGCAACUAUUGCAUCAAUGCGAAGACGUUGAGAUUUCUUACGUGUCAAAUCGAAGAAGACUGGAUAGCACAAAGCACUGAACAUGACGAAGUGAUUUUGGCUCGCUAUGCCGAACGGGGAAGAACUUAUACCAUAGUUUACAGUGUUUACUUGUACGUCACACUGAUGGUAUACCUGUUGUUGCCAGUGAUUCCGAUCGUCCUGGACGUAAUUGCACCUCUCGAUGAGUCGAGACAACUCGUAUAUCUUUACGAAACACAAUAUUAUGUGGAUCCGGAUGAAUACUAUUUUUACAUACUUGCUCAUGCUUACGCAACCAUGCCAUUUUCUAUGACUAUGAUAAUAUCAUUUGAUACGAUGUUUGCUGUCUACGUUCAUCACGCAUGUGGGAUAUUCUCUACUUUGGGAUCACACUUAGACGCCAUCGGCGACGACGCUCUUGAUGAUAAACUCCAUGGAUCGUUGGAGUUUCAAGAGUAUAAUCGACGAGCUUACGAAAAAAUGGUCAAGUGUGUGAAUAUGCACAAAAGAGUUCUCGAAUUCGUCCGAAUUCUGCAAUCCUCAUCUUCAACGUGUUUAUUAUUCGUAACCGGUUUAUGCACGAUGAUUAUCACUUUGACGGGGUUUAUGGCCGUAACCAAUUUGGAUGAGCCUGGCGAAGCCCUAAGAUUCGGAUCAUUCGGAUUAGGUGCGAUAAUUCAUAUGUUUUACACUUGCUGGCUGGGACAGAUGCUCGUAGAUCAUAGCGAAGAAAUUUAUCACAAUGCUUACAACAUCAUCUGGUACAAUUUGUCGGAUCGAGCUAAUAAACUUCCUAUCGUUAUUAUGAUGCGUAGCUCGGUCGGUUGUAAGAUCUCAGCUGGUAAAGUGUUCGACAUGUCGUUACCGAAUUUCACCACGAGAAAACAGUUCAAUACAUUUUCAUCUAAUUUGUGGAUCAUGCCAAACUUUUUUGAUCAACCCUAUUACAAAUGGAAUAAGAUAACUUUGUCAUGGAUUGGUGGUUGGCCAGAACAAUCUCCGUUUAAGAGGGCUCUUUUACCUUCCCUCAUAUGUGUCUCUCUCUGGACUAUCCUCGUUCCCGAGGUUAUUCGUUUGAGAGAUCUGUGGCCGGAUGUUGAUGCUCUGUUGGAAUGGUUGCCACCGCUUCUCGUGAUAUCAAUAACAAAACUCCAAUUAUUCAACGGCUACGUAAAUGGUAACAAGUUUCAGAUUAUGCUGGAUCGAAUACGCUCAGAUUGGAAGCGUUUCGAGGGUACAGCCGAAGUGGAAGUUCUUCAUAAAUACGCUAUCCACGGAUCCUCGAUUACAAAACAUUACACCGGUUUCAUGUACAUCGUAUGUCUUAUAUAUUGCUCUUUCCCCGUAACGAUUCCGAUCGUCAUAGAAUUCUUCAUCCCGUCAAAUGAAACGGCAGAGAAAGUUUAUCUCUUCGACGCCGAAUAUGGGGUGAAUUCGGACGAUUAUUACGUACUGAUAUUCAUCCAUAUGAGUGUCUUAACUUACGCGACGUGUAUAGUAAUGAUCUCGAAUGAUAGCAUGUAUUUCGUAUACGUUGAACACGCAUGUGCGCUUUUCGAAAUCGCCAGAAUGAAAUUGGAGCAACUUGGCAGAAGUACAUUCGAUUCGAAUGAUGGGAAGGCAGAUAAGAGCUACGAAAUCAUUUCUGAUUCGGUUCAUCUUCAUCGAGACGCAAUUUAUUUUGCGGGCCUCAUCGAAUCUAGUUAUAAUGCUUGCUUCGGAGGAGUAGUAAUAUUGUGGCUGAUGCUCCUGAGUCUCACCGGGCUACAAGUUCUAAUGCACUUGAAUGAACCCGGAAAUUUCAUAAGAUUUUUAAUUUUUGGGAUUGCUCAAAUAAUUCAUCAUUACCUCAAUUGCGUGCCUGGCCAAAAGAUAAUGGACUACAGUGUGGGCAUAUCCGAUGAUAUAUACUCAACGGAAUGGUAUAAUAUGAAACCUAAGGCUCAAAAAAUGCUGACGAUGAUUAUGAAAAGAAGUAUAACCCCGUGUCAAAUCACUGCUGCUAAACUCUUUGUCAUUUCUAUGGAGAAUUAUAGUGCGGUAUUACAAAAGUCCAUGUCCUUUUUCACCUUGCGGAGUAUGGCGAGCUUUUUUGACCAUCCGUACUACAGAUGGAAUAAAGUAUCUUUGACGAGCAUCGGCACUUGGCCAGAACAAUCGCUCUUUGUGACGUGUUUCAUGUCAACUUUUAUAUGUGCCAAUGUGUUGAGCAUGAUCAUACCUGAGGUACUGUAUCUGAACAUGAAGUGGCCAGAUACCGACGCGUUUCUCGAGUGGUUAGCGCCACUUUGCGUUCUAACGAUAUCAGUUAUUCAAUUAUUAAAUGGCAGUUUCCAACGUAAAAAGUUUAGUACGAUUCUAAAUCAUAUAUCUUCGGACUGGAAGCGUUUUGGUGAUUCACCCAACGCAGAAAUACUUCAUGAGUAUGCUGCUCGCGGACGCUGGAUUACAAAAGCAUAUAUCAGUUGGAUGUAUUCCGCGUGUACGUGUUAUCUUAUGAUGCCCUUUUUGACGCCAAAGAUCGUUGAACUUUUUGUUCCUUCGAACGAAUCGGAGGGAAAAAUUUACCUUUUCAACGCCUAUUAUGGUGUAAACUCUGAUGAUUAUUAUUUUUUCGUAUUCGGCCACAUGUUUUGGGAGUCUUGGGUGCCGAUUAUAGUAAUGAUAUCGAGUGACGCAAUGUUCUUCGUAUUCGUGGAACAUGCUUGUGCUCUCUUUAAAAUUGUCGAGACUAAUUUGAAAUCGACAUGCAACCAUUAUGAUGCCACUGAGCGAUCCGGAAAAGGCAGUAGCUUCCGAAUAAUUUGUCAUUGCAUCGACCUCCACCGAAACGCAAUAAUUUUUACUAGCCUCAUCGAUUCCGCUUACAAUUUCUCUCUGUUAGGGGUGUUAGGAGGCUCCCUACUAGCUUUGAGCGUCACGGGAAUACAGGUAUUGAUGCAUCUCCACGACCCUGGACAGCUUAUUAGAUUUGGAAGUUUCUCACUCGCUCAGAUAUUUCAUUUGUAUUUAAAUAGUGUACCUGGUCAAAAAAUAAUGGACCACAGCACAUCAAUUUUCGAUUAUGCAUAUUCGGUGAAUUGGUAUGCUCUAACACCAAGAGCGCGAAAGUUAUUGAUUUUAAUAAUGGUUAGAAGUCUGAGACCAUGUCAGAUCAGCGCCGGAAAAAUCUACUUGCUUACAAUGGAAAACUAUAGCGCGGUAUUGAUGCAUCUCCACGACCCUGGACAGCUUAUUAGAUUUGGAAGUUUCGCACUGGCUCAGAUAUUUCAUUUAUAUUUAAAUAGUAUACCUGGUCAAAAAAUAAUGGACCACAGCACAUCAAUUUUCGAUUGUGCAUACUCAGUGAAUUGGUAUGCUCUAACACCAAGAGCGCGAAAUUUAUUGAUUUUAAUAAUGGUUAGAAGUCUGAGACCAUGUCAGAUCAGCGCUGGAAAAAUUUACUUGCUUACAAUGGAAAACUAUAGUGCGAUGAUGCAAACGUCCAUGUCAUUCUUCACUGUCCUCUCCUCAAUGCGUUAAUUCUCUCCUCAUGUGUGAAAAAAUAAACGAUUUUAAUUUAUGUCAACGUAAUUAGUAAUUUCAUAUUCCACUGUUAUCUUGUAUGCAUUAAUACACGGAGCAUUAUAGUG